AUGGUCUCCGAACCCAGCCUUGCAGAGGUCGUGCUGGAGUCCCUGCUGCAGAAAUGGCCAAAGCCCAGGCACGAUGGCCUUGGCCCGGGCCACAAUUGCACCGGUUACCUGGCAGUGAGUUUCUGGAUGACACCUCGCUCACCCCUGGCAGGGCUGCAUUCCCCACGCCUCCUCUCUUCUCCACUCCCUUUCCCUUCCUUACUGUCUCUUCCCACCUCCCCCCUGCAGCCCCUCCGCAGCCCUUUGUCCUCUCUUUCCUUGCCCCUCGAACCCCAGCAUGUCACCCCAUGGGCUUGGGCAGCAUGGCAGGGGCAGCUGUACCCUGAGGGCCAUCCUUGGGUGCUUCCUGCAGAUAAGUCAUGCCCUGCACGCGAUCCUCCAUCUGCCCUCCACUAAAGGCUCUGCUUGGCAGCUGAUCCACAAGCUGUACGUAGGGAUGCUCUUCCAGAUCUCCUUCCUGCUGCAGUGCACACAGCAUGGCUGCUUCAGUGCGAUCACCGAUGAUGAGGACAUGUCGCCUGUGAACAUCAUCAGGCAUGCGGUGGAGAGCAUGAGAGCUCUUUUCCAACACCUGAAGAGUGACGGUCUGGUGGAGGACAUAGAGCAGCAGGGUGGCUGGGACAUGCUUAUGAGCCUUGACACCUACCACACAGGCGUGGCUGUGCUGACCAGGGCGCUGCGAAGCACAGUACCGCUCUGCUGUCCCAUGGUGUUUGAAGAAACAGUCACAGCUCUCGCGCAAAGACAGGAGCACAAGGAGAUCGGGACCAUGGCUGUGUUUGCUGAGGUGGGCCUAGAGGCGAGCGGUGCCUCCUGGAGGUGCCUCUGCCUUAGUCUGUGUGGCAGAGUGGGGAGGGUCAGGUUGCAUGUCCACAGAGCAGGGCCGCUCUCACCGCUGGGGACAGCCCUGCCCCAAGGCCUUUUCCCCUCGAGGCUGAGGAAAAGGGUGGAAGAACAUGCAUUUGGUGCAGCUCCUGAGAGCGAGAGGCUGCACAUGGCUGUGAGGGCAGGAGCAGCAGGAAGGGAGCUGCUGUGCUGCCACGAGACAGAACUGUGGCUGGCCCUUGGCCUCCUGCCCUGGGCCUUGAGGGGGGGCGGCAGUUCAUCACAUGGAUCCUGCCGACGGGGACGGCCUCUCAUGGUACUGCUGGGUGUGUUUCAGCUGCUGAAGUGCGUUAAGGUCACUGACAUCGUGGCGUACGUCAAUGGCUACAGCAUCCAGAGCCUGCUCCAGUCACACCUGAAGAGUCAGUACUCAUUGCUGCGUGACUUGGCUACCACCAGCCUGGUCAGGCUGUCUGCGAUACCCGAGAUGGCAGUAACUCUGCAAGACCUGCUGCCAGAGAUCACAGAGCAACUGCAAGAUGCCCACAGCAUCAUCGGUGUGAAGUCUGUGACUGUCCUCCACAACAUGCUGCACCUGGCAGACAGAGAGAAGGUGGUGCCCACUGCCCUGCAGCUGCCUGAGCUCCUGCUGCCCUUCUUCUUUAACGAGUCCGCCCAGACGAGGCAGCGCUCCAUCCUUCUCUGUAAGGAUGCCAUGGAGGUUGCAGGGGACACCCACACAGUGGAGAUUAAGGAGGAAGUGCACAACAUCCUCGUGCCUCUCUUCUUCCACCUGCAUGACGAGGACCAGAGCGUGGCUCAGGCCUCCUGGGAAGCCCUUCUUUGUGCCGCCAAGCUGCUGAAGCACAGGCACCUCAGCUAUCUGCUGAAGACAGCGCAGCUGCAGAGGAUCGGCGAGUGCCUGCUGGUGGGCCACAGCAGCAGAGCAGAUCAGUUCCUGGAGCAGAGCCUGUCCUACCUAUGCAGCCCCCAGGAACCACUGCAAGAGGCGGCCAUCAGGUUCAUUGGGCUUGCCGGGAGACACCUGAGAAAUGGACGUGAGGAGAAGCUGAACACCACCAUUGAGGUGCGAGGAAAGCACGCGCUUUCUCCGCGGCGAGCUGAGCCGGCUGAGCCGGGCCAGAAGGAGAGAGGCAGCCGCUCCGGGUCCCGUCCGCAGCUCCACCGCACUCCUGUGCCCGCCAGGUCCUCCGGGGAUGCCGCCCCCUCCCCUCCCAUGGCGAUACUCAAAGAGUCCGCAAAAGACAGUAAAGGGAACCAGCACAUUCACGCGUUAACUCCCACUGGUCCCCAUGAUGUUCAGAUGUGGAAUACUGACCGCAAAAAAUCACGAAACCACAACAGCUAA